ACCACAGAAGAAGAAGAAGAUAAGAUGAAUUCGAUUCGCUCGUUCUCUCCCUCAAAGCCCGAAUCCAAUCCACUCCCACCUUCCUCGUCGUCUCCAUCUCCAUCUCCAUCUCCUCCUUCCGCCCAAAUCGCUCUCUCUUUCGCUCUCUCCAGAGCAGCAGACGAUAAUGGCGGCCCUGCAACAGAUACCCAUCUCUCUCCAGCCCAAAAUCCCCUCCCCAAAAGCCCAAUUCCUCCAUAAACCCUCCACCCUCUCCUUCUCCGCCACCUUCCCCUCCCUCAGGCUCGCCUCCGCCCACACCCGCCUCCGCAACCCCGCCGCCGGCGCCCGGAUGUCCGCCACGGCGGCCGGGAGCUACGCGGCGGCCCUCGCCGACGUGGCCAAGUCGAACGGCACCCUGGACGCCACGAGCGCCGACGUGGAGAAGAUCGACAAGAUGUUCUCCGACGAGGGGGUGUUCAAGUUCUUCUCGAACCCGACGGUGGACCUGGAGAAGAAGCGCGGGUUGGUGGACGAGAUCUCGGCCUCGUCGGCGCUGCAGCCGCACACGGCCAACUUCCUGAACAUCCUGAUCGAGGCGAAGCGGACCGACCUGAUCAAGGACAUCGUGAAGGAGUUCGAGAUGGUGUACAACCGGCUGACGGACACGGAGCUGGCGACGGUGAGCUCGGUGGUGAAGCUGGAGCCGCAGCACCUGGCCCAGAUCGCGAAGCAGGUGCAGAAGCUGACGGGGGCCAAGAACGUGCGGAUCAAGACGGCCAUCGACCCGACCCUCGUCGCCGGCUUCACCAUCCGGUACGGCAACGCCGGGUCGAAGCUGAUCGACAUGAGCGUGAAGAAGCAGCUCGAGGACAUCGCCGCUCAGCUCGACUUGGGCGACAUCCAGUUGACCGUAUGAUGACCGGCGACGGCGGCGGCGAUGACUGGCGGCGACAGCCAUGGUAUUUUUCAUUUUUCGAAUUUUUUUUUUCACGUUUCUUAUAUAAUUUUUCGUGGAAUUUUCUUUUUUGUUUUUUUCCCGAUUUCUGGGUUUCGAUUUUUAAUUUCUUAUGUACGUGACUGAUGUUUGGAAAAUGGAAAUGGGUGCGCUAAAUGGUCCGAACGGACAAAGAGCUUAUUAAAACACCCAUCCAUGUCGAUAUAUAAUGUUGUUAUAGUUAUUUAAAUGGAGGAGGAGAUUAUAAGUUUUGGA